AUCAGUUUAAACCAAAACUGUUCCAUUUCUAUGCGUCAGUGCAUUUCCAGAUAUUACUAAUACCUAACUCAGAAUGCAUACAAUGUUAGUAAUUAAUACACGAUCAUGUGGGGGUUAAUAUUGUUUGGGCUAUCUUGGUUGCAUUUUGGGUUUUGUGGGGGUACAGUUUGCCCCAAAGAAUGUGACUGUGAUAUGGACAAUGGGCUAAACAGGGCUAUGUGUGUGGACCAAAAUAUUGUCAGUGUGGAUGUGGGAGUGCCUAAAGAGGUCCAAGUGUACAGUUUGAGCCAAAAUGUUAUAAGUGAAUUGGAUAACUUUUGUUUCAAGGAAAUUGGAUACAGUUCACUGAGGAUCUUAGACUUGUCUUACAAUCUUAUAUUCUGGAUUGGCUUGCACGCUUUCGCCGGAUUGAACGAUCUAACCAAUCUAGAUCUUAGUAACAACAGAUUAAGGUUUAUCACAUCGGAUGUGUUUUGGGAAACGCCAAAGUUGGAAAUAUUGGAUUUGUCAUCUAACGUUUUUGAGAAAGUGAAAAAUGAACCGUUUAUAAUGCAUGAAAAGUUGCAAGUCCUCAAUCUUAACAACUGCCGCAUCAAAUCGUUACCAGAACGACUAUUUAGUAGACUGCCCAAUCUAAAGAAGCUAGACCUAAGCGAAAAUUAUAUCGUCACCAUCACGGUAGCUGUACUGAAACCCAUACGAAAAUUGGAGAGAUUAGAACUGAAAAAUGAAUACUGGCAGUGCAAUCCCGAUUUUAUCGCCGUUGAAACGUGGAUACUUUCUCACAAUAUUAAAUACGAAAAGCAAUGCAAAAAGAAGUCUCUCCGGAAAUCUGAGAAAAUUAUAUCCAUGGUAGUCGAACGAGAAUCGGUGGAUAUUGAUAAAGUCUGGAAUAUAACCGUUGAAAAUAAAACUUUACCAGUGAAGCCGAACGAUACAAAACCUUUGACGCCAUUCCAGAAAUUCGAUCGGGACUUUUCGGCCGUUCAAGCUUUUGUGAUUGGUGUUGAAAUCGGUUUAGCGAUAGGCAUAGUCGGGACCUACUUGUGGUUACGAUGUGUUUGUUCAUGGAGGAAUUUGUUUUCCCGUCCGCGGGCGCAACGGCGCCGUAGAAACCGCAGAACUGAGGGUGAUAUACGAGCUAAUUUACUUUGGAAUAAUGUUAUAAGCCCAGAUUUAGAGACUCCGCCGCUGUAUCGAAGACAGCUAUCUCUGCCGGAGCGAAAUCCACCGUUCCCCAUAUUUGGCAUCGCUGGUCUACAAGUGGACGCCGUACGCGAGGAUAAUAGAGUGGAGACUCCACCUCCUCCAUACAAUGAAUGUCGCUUGAAUAUUUAACACUUUUAACCAGCAGAGAUAGAUUGCAUCCUGGAAAACCAAAGUCCUCACGGAAUUUUAAGAAACUUAAAUCCACGCAGACUCAUCUAAGUAAUAGUUGAAAUUCCACGAACACGUACGAACUACGUAGCGGUUUGCUUCCUCGUUUCUAAUCCGAACCGCUCUUCCGGCAUCACUUUUCCCCUCCACUGUUAAUAUGGGUAGGUAGGUACCUUUAAGUCAAGAGUGAAUAGGCACCUUCUAGACAAGCGCGCUUAAUUUUAGGCUGCAUCAUCUCUGAUUGCAGCCAAGCGCUAGUCUAUAAAGUUUAAAAUAUAUCUACCUAUAGUACGCGACAGUUCAAGAUGGCAAUCGGGGUGGGGACGCCCCGCACACCCGCACUAACCCGGGGCAUGAUAGCGCGGGUGUGUGGGGCGUUCUCCCGCCUCAUAGCCCGAUCGCCAUCUCGUCCUGUCAUGUACUAAACCUAUUUUUUCAAUUAGGUACGUAUCUAUUACAAUUUAAAUAGUAGUAGGACAAGCUAAAAUAUUUACUGUGGCUGCCCUGUGUACCAUAUGGAAAAUCUUGAAACAUUGAAAAAUAUUGUGUAGUAUUUUAUAAUAAGUAAAAAUUUGUAAAAUUAUGUAGGUCCCUAAGUAAUUAAAAUUAAAUGUGUACUUGUAGUUACUUUACUGUAAUGUAAUUAUUUUAUAAGAUAGAUUUGUAAGUUAUUUUAAUAAAUCAAACAGAGCAAGAGUUUUAUUACCAAAAUGGACACCUGUUUGGACAUGUUUUUUUUUUAAUCGAAAUAAAACAAAUAUUUAUAUGAGAAGCAAAAAUAUGGAAUAUUUUAUUAACUUCAUAAAUACCAUUAUCACAUUCGCUUAACACAAUAGUUGAUAAAAUUUGUUAAUUUAUUAUAAAAAAUCAUACGCUUAGUCAGACUCGUAAAAUAGAAUUUAAUAUAAAUUCUUUAUAAACUAAACAGAUAAUUUGGGUAACUAUAUAAAAUUUUUGUACAUGAAAUAACACAACCUCAUGGCAAUAAUUGAACGACAAAAAUUACUAUGGCAUUUCAUGGCGAAUUUAAUAACAGCUUCCAUUUCACACAAUAUAUUUUUUUUUAUUUGAAGCUUACACAAAAUUGCACCAAAGUGAUCUAAUUUCUAUCCCACACUAUUUCAAAAUGAGGUUUCAGUUUUCUAGAGAGGUCUUAAAUUAAAAUAACAUGCCCUUAUUUUUCUGUUUUCUGAAGUUAGGCAACUUUUGUGCUACCAAUUAAUAAUAAAAUUCUUGAACCAAUAAAAUUUUACAUUCUCUUUUAGGUCUCAUUCCUUGACAUUCGUUGUUUUUACGUACAUUUUUUAUUGAUCUAAUGAUUAUAAAAUAGGUAAAAUCUAUACUUAAAAAAUUAUACAUUUUAUAAAUAUUUUUCAAAAAUCAUGGUUUCAAUUAAAAUCUAUAAAAUAAAAUAAUUUCAUGUGUGCGAUUUUCGUACAAAAAGUAUAAAUUGUAUAAGAAUAAAUGUUUAAAUAGAAAAAUUUCAUUAUUUAACAUUUUUUUUACAAAAAGGAAUGUACAGAUUGUAUCAAAAGAUUUAAAUAUUGGUAAUAUAAUAAGAAUAUUAAUUAGCAUACCUAUUAAAACUUUAACACUAGUUUUAAAUGGAUGAAACAAAUCUUCCGUCGCCUUUGUCGACUUUUUUCACUAUUUUUCAAAAGCACAUUUUCAUUCAGGCAAGGAUAAUCCGCUGCGAUCAAAAACAUCUAAUAUGAUCGUAGGGAAAAAUUUAUCCCACGAUAUU